AUGGCGGCGACGGUGAUCCUGGAGCCUGCGGGCCGCUGCCUCUGGGACGAGCCCGUGCGCAUCGCCGUGCGCGGCCUGGCCCCGGGGCAGCCGGUCACGCUGCGCGCGUCCCUGCGCGACGACAAGGGCGCGCUCUUCCGGGCCCACGCGCGCUACCGCGCCCACGCCGCGGGCCAGCUGGACCUGGAGCGCGCGCCCGCGCUGGGCGGCAGCUUCGCGGGGCUCGAGCCCAUGGGGCUCCUCUGGGCCCUGGAGCCCGAGAAACCCUUGCUGCGGCUGGUGAAGCGGGACGUGCAGACGCCCUUGGCCGUGGAGCUGGAGGUGCUCGAUGGCCACGAGCCCGAGGGCGGGCGGCUGCUGGGCCGGGCGGUGCACGAGCGCGACUUCCUGGGGCCCGGGGUGCGGCGGGGGCCGGUGCGCGAGGGCCGGGUGCGCGCCACGCUCUUCCUGCCGCCAGGCACAGGGCCCUUCCCUGGGAUCAUCGAUGUGUUUGGAAGUGGUGGUGGCCUUUGUGAAUACAGGGCCAGCCUCCUGGCCAGACAUGGUUUUGCUGUGCUUGCUCUCACGUAUUUCAGAUCUGAAGACCUCCCUGAAUAUUUGAAUGAUGUACACCUGGAGUACUUUGAAGAAGCCAUAGACUUCAUGCUGCAGCAUCCAAAGGUGAAAGGCCCUAGUGUUGGGCUUCUUGGCUUCUCCAAAGGAGGUAACCUGUGUCUCUCAAUGGCCUCUUUCUUGAAGGGCAUCACAGCCACUGUCCUUAUCAAUGCCUGUGUGGCCAACAUGAUAGCUCCUCUGCAUUACAAGGAUAAGAUUAUUCCUAAUCUCGGCAAUGACCCAGGGAAACAUACGAUCACUGAGUCAGGCCUUUUGAAUUUCAUGGAUAUUUGGAAUAAUCCACUGGAGGAACCCAACCACCAAAGUCUUAUUCCAUUGGAAAAGGCCCAAGGGCCCUUCCUGUUUACUGUUGGCAUGGAUGAUCAUAACUGGAAGAGUGAAUUCUAUGCUCAUAUAGCCUCUGGACAGUUACAAGCCCAUGGGAAAGACAGACCCCAGAUAAUCUACUAUCUAGGUACUGGUCACUAUAUUGACCCAGCUUAUUUUCCUCUUUGUAGAGCCUUUGUGCAUGCAUUGUUGGGCCAAGCAAUAUUCUCUGGAGGUGAGCCAAAGGCUCACGCAAGGGCGGUAGAUGCCUGGCAGCAAAUUCAAACUUUCUUCCAUAAACAUCUCAAUGGUAAAAAACCUGUCAAGCCCAGCAAAAUAUAACAUUGUAAUCAUAGACCAGAUACUACUAACGAAAAUCCUAUUCAUACAAAUAUUAGGUUUUCCAGAGCACCUGGCAAACUUUUUGUAACAAAGCAACCAUCUUGGCUUCCUUGUCAGGUCCU